AUGGGGCUGAAGACGCAGCUGGAGCAGGCCCAACCCUCGACGGCCAAGAGACUCAAGGCCUGUGCGAGCCCCAAGGGACCUGGCUCUCCCGACUCUCGGCCGCCCGCUGGUGGCGACGAGGCCUCGCCUCGGCCGUCAGAGGAGGGCGAUGUCUCAAAGAGUGACCCACCGCCUCUUGGUCAGGGCGUGGAGCCACGCCUCCAUGGUCAGGAGGGAGGCCCUGAGUCGCCCAAGUUAGGCGGAGAGGGCGACCCGAUCACUAUUAGUGAUGAGUCUGAGGAAGGCCCACCAUCGACUGGCGACCGCGUCUCGGACAAAGAGGCCGAGGUCCCUCAAAACGAGGGGCGGACGCCGUGGCCGAUCGGGCUCCAUGCCGUCGAGGAGGAAAAGAGGAAAAAGAACGAAGAGGAGCAGAGGAGGAAGGAAGAGGAAGAGAAAAAGAAGAGGGAAGAGGAGAAACAGCAUCUGCUGGAGCAGCAGCGACGGCAACAGUAG